AUGAGUUCUUGUUCACCUUUGCAACUAAGUGCGUCUUUCAAACGCUACUAUGCUCAGCUCCGUCACCCCACCUUCGCCCCAGCAAACACUCCGUUGCACGUGGCUGCUCUUAAUAACGACUACAACCGUGUGCAUCGACUCCUGACCGAGGGUGGCGGGGACCCGAACAUCACCGACCAGACCGGAUGUACCGCACUUAAUCACGCAGCACUUCUUGGAAACGCGAAAAUCUGCGAGUUGCUGAUCACGACCGGAGCCAUUAUAAAUGACGCAGCUCACGAUGGAAGCACACCGCUUCAUAAAGCUGCACAGGGUGGACGCACCCAUAUUGUCGAAUUAUUGCUUCGGGAAGGAGCUGACCCGUUUGCAAAAGGGGAAAACGCGUAUACCAUUGCCAGUCAUCGAAACCAUGUGCAAGUAGCGAUGCUGUUGUAUCCAUACUCGGUACUACCAGAAGAGAAGUGCUUGGAAUAG